CGGCCCUGAGGCGAGGAGGAGAGCAGCCAAGAUGGCGGCGCGCAGAGCGGGCGGCGGCGGCGCCUGAAGCCGAGCGGGAGCCAGAGCCAGAGGCAGGGAGCCGCCAUGGAGAGCGAGGAGGAGCAGCAGCACAUGACGACGCUGCUGUGCAUGGGCUUCUCGGACGCGGCCGCCAUCCGCAGGGCCCUCCGCCUGGCCAAGAACGACAUCAACGAGGCCGUGGCGCUGCUCACCAACGAGCGGCCCGGGCUCCACUAUGAACCCAUGGACAGCGGAGGAGGAGGAGGAGGAGGAGGCACCACCACCUCCUCCACCACCACCGUCCCCAGCACCACCAACAGCACUCUCCCAGGAGGAGGAGGGGGAGGCAAUAGCGGGCCCGGAGGAGGAGGAGGCCCUCGAGGCGGAGGGGACGGCUCCGGCGGCGGCGGCGGCGGUAGCAGCACCGGAGGCUUCGACCCGCCCCCUGCUUACCAUGAAGUGGUGGAGAACGAGCAGAAAAAUGAUGAAAAUGGGAACUGCUCCGGAGAAAGCAUUGAGUUUCCUACAACUAAUCUUUAUGAACUGGAGAGCAGAGUAUUAACAGACCAUUGGUCAAUCCCAUAUAAACGAGAAGAAUCUCUUGGCAAAUGUUUAAUUGCAUCUACCUAUCUUGCAAGGCUAGGGCUUUCUGAUUCUGAUGAAAACUGCAGAAGAUUUAUGGACAGAUGUAUGCCUGAAGCUUUUAAAAAGCUGUUGACAUCAAGUGCUGUUCAUAAAUGGGGUACGGAAAUCCAUGAAGGAAUCUACAACAUGUUGAUGCUGCUAGUAGAUCUGGCUGCAGAGCGACUAAAGCAGGAUCCAAUUCCUGUUGGUCUUCUGGCUGUGCUUACAAUGGCCCUUAAUCCUGAUAAUGAGUACCAUUUCAAGAAUCGAAUGAAAAUUUGCCAAAGAAACUGGGCAGAAGUGUUUGGGGAAGGAAAUAUGUAUGCUGUCUCACCCAUUUCCACUUUCCAGAAGGAACCACAUGGAUGGCUAGUAGACUUAGUGAACAGGUUCGCAGAAUUAGGCGGGUUUUCUGCAAUUCAGUCUAAACUUCAUUCAGAAGAUAUUGAACUUGGGGCAGUCUCUUCACUGGUACAGCCUUUAGGAGUUUGUGCAGAAUAUCUCAACUCUUCAGUAGUACAGCCCAUGCUGGAUCCAGUAAUUCACAAUAUGAUUAAAUAUGUACAGAAUGUUGAAGAGAAAGAUCUGAAGGACAAGAGGCUGGUCAGUAUCCCUGAACUCUUGUCUGCCAUCAAGCUCCUGUGUAUGCAUUUUCAACCUGAUUUAGUAACAGUUGUGGAUGACUUGCGAUUAGAUAUCCUAUUGCGUAUGUUGAAAUCACCACACUUCAGUGCAAAAAUGAACUCUCUCAAAGAAGUAACAAAACUUAUUGAAGACAGCACAGUUUCCAAAUCAGUAAAGAAUGCAAUAGAUCCAGAUCGAUUACUAAACUGGCUGGUAGAAAAUUCUGUCUUAUCAAUUGCAUUAGAAGGUAACAUCGACCAAGCACAAUAUUGUGAUCGUAUAAAAGGAAUUAUUGAGUUGUUGGGCAGCAAACUAUCCUUAGAUGAGCUGACAAAAAUUUGGCGAAUACAGUCAGGACAGCCAUCAACUGUGAUAGAGAACAUCCAUAGUAUUAUUGCUGCAGCAGCUGUGAAGUUCAGUUCAGAACAGCUCAGUCAUCUUUUUGUCCUUAUUCAAAAGAGUUGGGAAUCUGAAAGUGAUAGAGUGAGACAGAAGCUCUUAAGUUUGAUAGGACGUAUUGGCCGGGAAGCACGAGUAGAUACAACCACUGGAAAGGUUCUUGAGGUUCUGUGGGACUUAGCUCAUCUUCCAACAUUACCUAGCAGUUUAAUUCAACAGGCCUUGGAGGAGCACUUGACAAUCCUCAGCGAUGCAUAUGCAGUGAAGGAAGCAAUAAAACGAAGCUAUAUCAUCAAAUGCAUAGAAGAUAUUAAGAGGUCAUCACAGCAUCAUAAUCCCCAGUUUGUAUGGGUAGUACCAGCUUUACGUCAGCUCCACGAAAUUACCCGUUCAUUUAUUAAGCAAACCUACCAAAAACAAGAUAAGAGCAUUAUUCAGGAUUUGAAGAAAAAUUUUGAGAUUGUGAAAUUGGUGACAGGAAGCUUGAUAGCAUGCCACAGAUUGGCUGCUUCAGUGGCAAGUCCUGGAGGCCUUUCUGGAGCAACAUUAGUUGAUGGUCGAUACACAUAUAGAGAGUACUUGGAGGCACAUCUCAAAUUUCUGGCAUUUUUCCUUCAAGAAGCAACACUUUAUUUAGGAUGGAAUCGUGCUCGAGAAAUCUGGGAAUGCCUUGUAACCGGCCAAGAUGUUUGUGAACUAGAUCGAGAGAUGUGUUUUGAAUGGUUUACAAAAGGACAGCAUGAUCUUGAGAGUGAUGUGCAACAGCAACUUUUUAAGGAAAAAAUUCUUAAAUUAGAGUCCUAUGAAAUCACUAUGAAUGGUUUUGGUUUGUUUAAGACCUUUUUUGAAAAUGUGAACCUCUGUGAUCAUCGGUUGAAGCGACAAGGAACCCAGCUGCAUGUAGAAAAACUGGAACUGAUUGGAAUGGAUUUCAUUUGGAAAAUUGCAAUGGAAUCACCUGAUGAAGAAAUAGCUAAUGAAGCCAUCCAGCUAAUAAUAAACUACAGUUACAUUAAUCUAAAUCCAAGAUUGAAAAAGGAUUCUGUGUCACUCCAUAAGAAGUUUAUUGCUGAUUGUUACACAAGAUUAGAGGCAGCCAGUUCAGCACUUGGUGGGCCAACAUUGACACAUGCUGUUACCAGAGCUACCAAAAUGCUAACAGCAACUGCAAUGCCUACUGUGGCAACAUCAGUACAGUCUCCCUACAGGUCAACGAAACUCAUAAUAAUUGAGAGAUUGCUACUGUUGGCAGAACGCUACGUCAUCACUAUAGAGGAUCUUUAUUCUGUUCCACGUACUAUUCUACCUCAUGGUGCUUCCUUUCAUGGACAUCUGUUAACACUUAAUGUUACAUAUGAGUCUACCAAAGAUACCUUCACAGUAGAGGCUCAUAGCAAUGAAACAAUAGGAAGUGUCAGAUGGAAGAUAGCAAAGCUGCUGAGUGCUCCUGUGGAUAACAUACAGAUAUUUGCAAAUGAUAGUUUGUUAACAGUGCAUAAAGAUCAAAAGCUUCUUCACCAGCUAGGCUUCUCUGAUGAACAAACACUUACUGUAAAGACAUUGGGAAGUGGAACACCAUCAGCAAGCUCUGCAGAUUCCUCCACAAGCUCCAGCAACAGUAGUAGUGUCUUCAGUUCAUCAUAUGCAAUGGAACAGGAAAAAUCCCUCCCUGGAGUAGUGAUGGCUCUCGUGUGUAAUGUAUUUGACAUGCUUUACCAGCUUGCUAACCUCGAGGAGCCAAGGAUUACUUUGAGAGUACGAAGGCUUCUUCUGCUGAUUCCUACUGAUCCAGCUAUUCAAGAAGCUCUUGAUCAGCUAGAUUCUCUGGGACGAAAGAAAACAUUAUUGUCUGAAUCAAACUCUCAGUCUUCAAAAUCUCCAUCAUUGUCUACAAAGCAUCAACAUCAGCUGAGUGCUACAUCAAUACUCGAAAGUCUUUUCAGGUCUUUUGCUCCAGGAAUGUCUACAUUUAGAGUACUUUAUAAUCUUGAGGUCCUGAGUUCCAAGCUAAUGCCUACAGCAGAUGAUGAAAUGGCAAGAAACUGUGCCAAAUCUUUUUGUGAAAAUUUCCUCAGAGCUGGUGGCUUGAGUUUGGUAGUAAAUGUCAUGCAGAGAGACUCCAUCCCAUCAGAGGUCGACUAUGAAACAAGGCAGGGGGUGUAUUCAAUCUGUCUGCAGCUGGCAAGGUUUUUGCUGGUUGGCCAAACAAUGCCUAGCUUAUUUGAUGAGGAUCUUGCUAAAUAUGGAGUGGAAACAUUGUCUUCACGUCCAUUCCGUAAUGUGAGUCGACAAACCAGCAGACAGAUGUCAAUUUGUGGAACUCCAGAGAAGUCCUCCUAUCGCCAGCUAUCUGUCUCAGACAGGUCCUCCAUUAGAGUAGAGGAAAUCAUUCCUGCUGCACGGGUUGCAAUACGGACAAUGGAAGCAAAUGAUUUCACAUCUACAGUUGCUUGCUUCAUGAGGUUGUCAUGGGCUGCUGCUGCAGGCCGUCUUGACUUGGUGGGGAGCAGUCAGCCUAUAAAAGAAAGUAACACGCUCUUUCCUGUUGGAAUCCGUAAUCGGCUUAGCAGCUCAGGGAGUAAUUGCAGUUCAGGAAGUGAAGGAGAACCAACAGCUCUGCAUGCUGGGAUCUGUGUGAGGCAGCAUUCUGUAUCCACCAAAGAUGCACUCAUUGCUGGAGAGGCCUUGUCUCUCUUAGUUACUUGUCUGCAACUCCGUAGCCAGCAACUUGGUUCUUUCUACAACCUCCCUUGUGUUGCUGACUUCAUCAUAGACAUAUUGCUUGGCUCACCAAGUGCUGAGAUUCGUCGUGUUGCCUGUGACCAGUUAUAUACCCUCAGUCAGACAGAUACCUCUGCUUAUCCUGAUGUACAGAAACCAAAUCAAUUUCUCUUGAGUGUUAUCCUUACUGCUCAGCUGCCCCUUUGGUCACCUACCAGCAUCAUGAGAGGAAUCAACCAGAGACUUUUGUCCCAGUGUACAGAAUACUUUGACCUUAGAUGCCAGCUACUGGAUGAUCUCACAUCUUCUGAAAUGGAACAGUUAAAGAUUAGCCCAGCCGCCAUGUUAGAAGAUGAAAUCACGUGGUUGGAUAAUUUUGAACCUACCCGUGCAGCUGAGUGUGAAACCAGUGAAGCUGACAAUGUGUUAUUGGCAGGGCAUUUGCGGCUGAUAAAGACUCUCCUUUCACUUUGUGGGACAGAAAAGGAAAUGCUAGGUUCAUCUUUGAUCAAACCAUUACUGGAUGACUUUCUCUUCCGAGCCUCUAGGAUUAUCCUGAACAGCCAUUCUCCAGUUGGCAGUGUUGCAAUUACUCAACAAGAUUUUCACCCAAAAUGCAGCACAGUAAAUAGCCGAUUAGCAGCAUAUGAAGUCUUGGUAAUGUUGGCUGAUAGUUCACCUUCAAAUCUUCAGCUUAUCACAAAAGAACUGCUUUCUAUGCAUCACCAGGCUGAUCCAGCUCAUUCCAAGGAGUUUGAUUAUCUCCCACCUGUAGAUGGUCAUUCCAUUUCAGGAUUUGUGGGCCUGAAAAAUGGUGGAGCUACGUGUUACAUGAAUGCAGUCUUCCAGCAACUUUAUAUGCAACCAGGACUUCCAGAGGCAUUACUUUCAAUUGAUGAUGACAUGGACAAUCCUGAUGACAGUGUAUUCUAUCAAGUUCAGUCUCUCUUUGGUCAUCUAAUGGAAAGCAAGCUGCAGUAUUAUAUACCUGAAAAUUUCUGGAAGAUCUUCAAAAUGUGGAACAAGGAGCUUUAUGUGCGUGAACAACAAGAUGCUUAUGAGUUUUUCACCAGUCUUAUAGAUCAAAUGGAUGAAUACCUCAAGAAAAUAGGACGAGACCAGAUAUUUAAGAACACUUUUCAGGGCAUCUACUCUGAUCAGAAGAUCUGCAAGGACUGUCCUCACAGAUAUGAACGAGAGGAAGCCUUCGUAGCUCUCAAUCUAGGGGUCACUUCAUGUCAGAGCCUGGAAAUUUCUUUGGAUCAGUUUGUAAGAGGAGAAAUUCUGGAAGGAAGCAAUGCCUACUACUGUGAGAAAUGUAAAGAAAAGAGAACUACAGUGAAACGGACAUGCAUUAAAGCCCUUCCCAGUGUGCUGGUGAUCCAUCUCAUGAGAUUUGGGUUUGAUUGGGAAAGUGGACGUUCCAUUAAAUAUGAUGAACAAAUAAAGUUCCCUUGGAUGCUGAACAUGGAGCCCUAUACAGUUUCUGGAAUGGCUCGCCAGGAUUCUUCUUCAGAAGUUGGUGACAAUGGACGCAGUACAGAUCAGGGUGGUGCAGGGUCUCCAAGGAAGAAAGUAGUCCCUACAGAAAACUAUGAAUUGGUUGGUGUGAUUGUGCACAGUGGUCAAGCCCAUGCAGGACACUACUAUUCCUUUAUCAAAGACAGAAGGGGAUGUGGGAAAGGAAAGUGGUAUAAGUUUAAUGAUACAGUUGUUGAAGAAUUUGAGCUGAAUGAUGAAACCUUAGAGUAUGAAUGCUUUGGUGGAGAAUAUAGACCAAAGGUUUAUGAUCAAUCAAAUCCAUAUCCUGAUGUUCGACGUCGAUACUGGAAUGCCUACAUGCUCUUCUAUCAAAGGGUGUCUGACCAGAAUUCUCCAGUAUUGCCAAAGAAAAGUCGAGUCAGUGUUGUGCGUCAAGAAGCAGAGGAUCUCUCCUUGUCUGCUCCAUCUUCACCAGAUAUUUCACCACAAUCUUCACCACGGCCACACAGACCCAGUAGUGACCGCCUGUCCAUCUUGACCAAGCUGGUCAAAAAAGGAGAGAAAAAAGGAUUAUUUGUAGAAAAAAUGCCAGUUCGAAUCUAUCAGAUGGUGAGGGAUGAAAACCUGAAGUUUAUGAAGAACAGAGAUGUCUACAGCAGUGAUUAUUUUAGUUUUGUUUUAUCAUUGGCUUCAUUAAAUGCGACAAAACUGAAGCAUCCUCACUACCCAUCAAUGGCAAGAGUGAGUUUACAGCUAGCAGUCCAGUUCCUCUUUCAAACGUAUCUGCGAACCAAGAAAAAACUCAGGGUUGACACAGAAGAAUGGAUUGCAACCAUUGAUGCUUUGGUAUCUAAAAGCUUUGAUGCUUGCAAAUGGUUAGUUGAAUACUUAGUGGAGGCAGAAGGACGAGAGCUCAUAAAGACUUAUCUGCUGGAAUGCAGUGUAAGAGAGGUGCGAGUUGCUGUAGCCACCAUUCUUGAAAAAACACUAGACAGUGCCUUGUUUUAUCAGGAGAAGUUGAAAAGUCUUCAUCAGUUAGUGGAGGUGCUGCUUGGGUUAUUGGACAAAGAUGUCCCUGAAAACUGCAAAAACUGUGCCCAGUACUUCUUCUUGUUCAGCAAUUUUGUACAAAAGCAGGGUAUAAAAGCUUGUGAUCUUCUUCUCAGGCAUUCUGCCUUGAGUCAUAUGAUCAACUUUCUUCUAGGUCCAAAUCGGCAGAAUAACCAGAAUCGCAGGUGGAGUUCAGCACAAGCACGGGAGUUUGGAUUUCUCCAUAAUACUGUUGCACUGCUUGUCCUGCUCUCAGAUGUUUCCUCACAAAGAAAUGUAGCUCCUGGUCUAUUUGUUCUGCGUUCACCCCUUAGCAUUACCAACUCAGGGGCGCUUCUUAGUCUCCAUGAAGAAGUAGAAGCUUUGAUGUUCCUGUCUGAAGGGAAGCCUUACUUAAUGGAGGUGAUGCAUGCCUUGAGAGAGCUAACUGGAUCAUUGUUUGUCCUCAUUGAGAUGGUGGUGUAUUGCUGCUUUUGUAAUGAGCACUUUUCCUUUACUAUACUGCAUUUGAUCAAGAAUCAGCUGGAGACAGCGCCACCUCAUGAACUGAAGAACAUCUUCCAGCUUCUUCAUGAAAUAUUGAUUAUUGAAGAUCCUUUGCAGAUAGAGCGGAUCAAAUUUGCAUUUGAGACUGAAAAUGGAUUGCUAGCUCUCAUGCACCAUAGUAACCACGUGGACAGCAGUCGCUGCUACCAGUGUGUCAAAUUCCUAGUCACUCUUGCUCAGAAGUGCUCUUCUGCUAAGGAUUAUUUCAAGGAGAAUUCACAUCAUUGGAGUUGGGCUGUGCAGUGGCUUCAAAUAAAGAUGUCUGAACAUUAUUGGGCUCCACAGAGUAAUGUAUCUAAUGAAACCUCAACUGCCAAAACUUUUCAGCGCACUAUUUCUGCACAGGAUACACUGGCAUAUGCCACUGCGUUGCUAAAUGAGAAAGACCAGUCUGGAAGCAGUAAUGGAUCUGAGAGCAGUCCAGCCAAUGAGAAUGGGGGCAGACAUCUACAACAGGGUUCCGUGUCUCCCAUGAUGAUUGGUGAACCUAAAAGUGACCUUGAUGAUGUGGACCCUUAGUGAUGAAGUGUAUGCUGAAGAAUAAAAGUUCAACUAAAGUAUUGGAUACCUGGCACUUUGAAAUUGCUAGAAUCCCACUGCUUUCAGCUUUAGAAGAAUCUGAAGUGAAAGCUUUCUAAGAAUUCAGUGGCCAUGCUACUUCCUAAGAGCUAUUCUUCAACUGAGAAGUUUAAGCACCAGGCUAUGGGAUGCUCCCACCAUCUUCAGCAGUUCUUUUGGGAUGCUAGUCAAGGCAUGAGUAAAUCAAAAUCUGUCAAAGAUUUAGGAAGAUAUAUAAAGUGGUUGAAAUUUUAUUAUGUGAAUCUUUAAUGAGUGAAUGUAAAACUAUUGCUUUUCUGUGAUGCUGCAAAAAAACCUUGGUUUUUAUAAAGAAAAAAAAUCAGACUGCCUUUAGGUAUGAAGGGCAAAUUUUUAAAUCUUUCUGAAAAUGUUGGAUAGGAAUAUACAAAAUUAUGUAAAAAUAUGAUAACUUACACUUGGCACUGUAAAAUAUGAAGAAUCAGUUUACACAAGGACCUUUAUAUUUAAUAUGUCUCUGAGGUAAUUUGUAUAGCGCUUUACAGCAAGGGUUUGUUAAGAGCCCUGUUCUGUAAGGAUGGUUAUUCCUUAUGGAAUGGUAUUGGUACAAGGAAGCCUGGAAUUGGUAAUUCUUUUCCUAAUGUCAUACUUAAAUGGGUAAGAACAGUAAGAGCUUUUGUUUAUUCCAAGAAUACACAUGUAUUGUGGCAUCAAUUUAUUUUGUUUUUUUAAUGUUGGUAAGUUUAUCAAAAAGCACUUUAAGACAGAAUUUUAUUGCCGUUUGCCUCCUUAAAUGAUCAUUCUAAUACUUGGAGACAUAUUGAAUAAAUUGUAGUCUUAAUGAUGUGAUCUGCAAUCAUUUGCUUAUGCUUACAAAUUGAGAGUUGGAAUUGGCUGAAUGAUUCCUUAAGCAGGGAUGCAAAUUUUUAAACAAAUUUAACACAGGCAAAAGAUUGUAGGCUUCAUUUUGCUUGGCCAGGCAGCAUUUAAAGUCCAACAGGUUUGUUUGUUCCUUAAUAACUGGAAGUCAGUUGAAAAUAUAAUUUUAUCUUCCCAUGUGAAAUGCAGUUAAGUGAUCUCUUUAGCAGCUCUAGAUAUUAAGUUUUUUUCUGUGCCAAUGUUGAGUUUCAUCUUCACUUUUCACAUUUUUCUUCACUGCUUUUGCCUUUGUUCAGGGAUUUUUGCCUUAAGUUAAACAAAAUGCACCAUGUACAUGAACUGAGGGGAAAUGGUUAGAGUGCCUGGGUUACCUCUAUUGUGAAAAGAUUUGCCAAGUCAAAGGCACAAAUCGCCAAAAAGUGCCUUUUUUUUUUCUUUUGACUUCUAUAUAGGGUUGCAAAAUCUGAUCAGGCAUAUAGCUUUCUUUACACUUGUACACUGGUUGUGAAUAUAUUAGAUUAUUUCACUGUUGGGAGGAGCUAGCUAUACAUCUUCCAAUUCAAAUUGCCACAAGCAUGAGUCAACAAAAAGUGCUUUUUCAACACUGCGUGCACAGAAAAAAUAUCAACAUUUUCACUGAAAUGUGGCAGAAUUUGGGUAUUUUAUUAAAAGCUUGAUUUUUUUUUAAAUGUGAAGUUUUAAAAUCUGGAACACAAUUUGCUGUCCCACCCUUUCCUUAUUGCAUCACCUUAUUCUUCUUAGUCGAAAGGAACUGGAGUUUCCAUCAUUUCCUAUGGAAAAAGUGGACUCUUACCACAGGUCAAACCAGAACAUAGCUUGCAAAAUCCCCAGACAGUCUGCUUUGCCAUCAGACAUUCUAAAACUAUUGCAGGCUGUUUCCUGGUCUUUUUUGCUUGAACAAAGUUGAUGGUUUUGGUUUUCAAGUAUGAUACCUAGUCAGUUAUUUCAUUUCCAGCUGCUAUCACCUGAAACUGCUGAAGAGUAUUUUUUUUUAAGAGAAAAUUCUAAUGCAACAAAUCUAGUUUGCUGUGUAAAUUGUGACAUGUUUCUAUGUUGUGUUCACUUUUACUGCCAGUUUUUUGGAUGAAAAAUGGAUUUUAUACAUAUUAACAGAAUGUUCUGUCGAGGUGGGCAAUCACAGUUCGACUGGAUUCUGUGUAUGGUUUUGUGCAAAUGUCCAAAAGGCACUUGGAACUGGGAAAAGAAGGUGUCAUGGGAGAACAAUCCUGGUCAGUGGAAUAAAGUUUAUUCCUCACAAAAA